AUGUCUAACAAAGAAUAUAAAUUAUGCAAACAUUCCAACACAGUAAACAUUGAUGACAAUAUAUGGACCACCGCACGAUGUAAUCGACUAUUACGAUCAAUUAAUACUCGCAUUAUUGCACUACGAAAAGCGUGUCGCGAACUCGAGCAACGUAAUAAAGCCCAUGCAGGAUCGAAUCCGAGGAAACGAGCGGCCGAGGAUCCGAGUUGGCUGCCACAGCCCAAGACGAAGAAAACGACCCGGACGUAUAGCGGUAAAUCGAAUCCGCUGUGUGAGAAGUCCAGCAAGCCUGGUCAACAUCGCCUGCGAUCGGUACUCCCAAGUCCUUUCGUUCGAAGGAUACGCUCAGCAGAAGCCUACCAGCUAUAUUGCAAUCAGGAGGACUCUCUAGACGCAGCAGCUUCAAUCCCUGAGAUAUGCACUGUCGAACGCUCGAAUGUUGCUCCCACAGAGGUUGCCCCUCGUCGGCGAAAGCAGAUUACUGUGGUUCCUCAUGCGCCAGUGGAGAAGGCUGAACAAUACCUUUCGGCCGCCUUCGCAAACUUUCUCGCUAGUACGAUUUCAUCAGAUGCUCACGAGGUGAUGCGUUGCGGAUCAAGAUCACUGGCGGGGACAUGUCUGCGCAGGAUACCCCGAUUGCUGGACUCCGGGUCCAUCGAGUUCGACUUCGACGACGCUGGAGAGGCGUUAGAUGACUCCUCAAAUCUGUAUUCCUACAUCGAAGAAGAAUUUGAAAAUAUCUCCGGUCCUGGUUCUCCAUUUCUGCGCCAAAUCGUCCGAAGCCACGGGACUGAGCUCGUCCGCAAAGCUAUCGUCGAGGGCCUGCUCUCGGACAAAGCCAUUCGAGAUUUGAUAAACAUAUGCAGCGAACGAAGCGCAUCCAUAGAAGGCGACUUGAUCCUACAAACGUGGUUGGAUACGUCGAUUGAUUUUCACAAGUCACAUUCGGAUGGACUGCUGCACUUCUGCGACUCCCAAAACAGCAAUGUGUUCUUUUUCCGGGCUUUACAGCAUUCCCUCACCACUGAUCUGUGGCGCAUCACACAAAUUCUUCAAAAACAUGAGAAGCUAUGCUCCGCAAUUCCUACUGGCUUGGAGGGAAGACAUGUCGUACAGCAGUCAACCAUGAACCGUCUGGGCAUGAGAGCCAGAUCCACGGUUCCGCUUUAUGAAGUUGGGAAAUUCUUGGAGGACUGUGUCAGCAUGGCUGCCGAUAUGGACCUUUCUUCAGGCGGCCAUACGCAUAUGGCAGAUUUUUUUCGAGAUCUGAACAGCACAGCCAUCAUUAUGACCAUCAUGGGGCUUGGAGAAGCGCUUACGAUCAAUGUUGCAACUUGUCAGUCUGGUAUCGUGGGUGAAACAGUCGUCCGCGUCGCAGCUCAAUUACUCAUGGUUCGAGAGCCUGAACUUGUUGGUCUUUCGGAAUGGAAGCCUAGCCAGACCAGGACUUCUGGCAACGCUGCAGAUAUCAAUCAAACACACAACACAGCAAUUUCCUCGCAGACAAGCCGCGCGAAACGCAAAAUACACCUCAGCACCAGUGGCGUCGCGAUUCCCUACUUGAUCUCUGCGUUCCUCGUGAUGGCGACUCAGAAAGACGGCCGCUUUGGAGUCAUCACUCUCGAUGCCCUAGCUGCGGCGGUGUUGAUACCUACAAAAGCUGCAGGAUCUAAUGGACAUAGGUUUUCGAUGCAUGCGACUCGUUUCAUGCAUCAGUUCGUGAAAAGCCUAAGAGCGUUCGAUCAGAUGACAAACAACAACAUGGGCUCUACGCUCCUGAAACGGCUGUCCGAAGCUGUUGAGGCACAGACGGGCGACGCGUCACUCCUGCUCAGAGCUCUUACUUCAGAGAUGUCAAUGCGAUGUCACACAGAGUCCGACGCCCCAUUCUCGGCUCCUUCUUACAAAGCAGUUCCAACUCAAAACUACUCCACCGACGACCAGAAGGAGAAUGUUUUCAAGACACCGUCUAGGAAGUCACCAGGAUAUCGAUGGGAGGACAGUAUAUCAGAAUGGAUCACGGCCACACCGAAACCCGGAAAAGACCAGGAUUGCGCACAGGAAGAGCGAACGAGGGAAUCACAAUCUCAUCAAAUCGAAAUGAGUUCCCCUGAUGCGCUCGCGUUAUCGCCUGCCUUGAUCAGGCACAAACGCAUUUCUCUAGAUCGGAGACCGCUGGCGAAGACUACAAUCAAGUCUCGGAAGGCGCUACAAUUGAUCGAAAGGCGGACAAUCAGGAGGAAGAGGACUGCCGAUGGCCUCUGUAGUGGUGACGAACUGGGAUUGUAA